AUGGAAAGUCAAGAAACAGGCAAAGAACUCCCGCCGGUCGUCGAAGAGAAAAAAGACGACGCAAUGAGUUCGGAAAGCGAACAUUUCCACUCGGAAGGUGUUGACAAUGAAAAGACGAGGAAGAUUAAAAAGGAAGAAAGUGAGGCGAACACCGCUGAUGUCUCAUAUGAGAGUUCUAAUACUUCACUACAGACACUGAACACGAAGGGAGAAGAACCAAUGUGUCCUGUGUAUUUGGACGUCGUUGGGAAAACGAAUGGAACAACAGCGGUAGUCGAACAAAACCAAAAAACGUUCUUCGAAUAUCUUGAGAAACAACUCAGCGAUACGCCAGAAAUGUUAUUUGAAGGAAACACUAACGUGUUGUCCACUGUCAUCGACAAACUCAUUUUAUUGUGUACCAAGGAGAUACCAGAACUCCAGAAAAAGAGCGUCUCUAUGCUUUACGCGUUGAUCAAAAAGGACUACGUCUUCAAUAAAAGCUCAGUUCUGAACACACAGUCCCACAUCAUAUCUUCAAUAUUCAACUUGCACUUCAAGAUGUGCUCGAAGGAGCUUGAAAACGUCGACGCCGCUAUUUUUAAAACGAUCAAAGACAUCGGCGAUCUCGCGCAAAGCGAUAUGGAGACGUGUGAAAAGGUUCCUCUGCAAGUCGACCAAACGUCUGAAAAGAAACAGUGGGAGAGCUCUGUUGCAGAGCGACGGGAGUUAUUUUUCCAACAAGUUAUAGAGCAAGUUGAACCACUCAAUAAAGAAGCAAGAAGCGUCUUAAAAGGACUUGAACAGUUGUGCAGUCACUGGAAUCUCUGUGAUGAUUCGCGAAUGACGUUGUUGAAAGAAAAGGUGACCAAAAGUGUCGAACAAGAAGACCACUGUUUCUUAUUACAACGGGAGGCACUUGUUAAAGCGACGGAGUGGAUAUCUGAUGCACGAGAUUUCACGAACAAUUUGAUGGCUGAGAAAUCGAACGUUGAGACGCUGCAGAACCAGUUUAAAGAGAUCGAGAAGGCGAACGAGGACUUUGUUGCGAUACUGAAACGCAUGAAAGAGGAGAAGCCGACGAUCAAGAUGAGUUUAGAGAAAUUCACACAGCCGUUAGUGCUGAUGCGAGAGGCACUUGCGCUUCGGAAAAGUUACUCGACGAGUGGUUUUGGGACUGUUACUGUUGAACAAAUCAACAGUUUUGUGGGAGAGGAAGAGGAGGUUGUGCGAGUGAAUUGUAAAGAGCAGAAACGAGAGAGUGACGAGGCGACUGAUUUACUUGGGGAAGCGCAAUUUCUUUUGAGUGUGUAUCAAGAUGCGGAGAAGGAGUUUAUGAAACGGAUUGAGGAAGUGAGAGAUAAAGAGAAGAACAAGACGCGCAUCAACGAGAAUGACAUCUUUUAUAAGUACGAGAAACUGCUACCGAAGAUCACGAAUGUCAUCAAUAGCAUUUUGGAGGUGCAAAUUCAAUUAGAGGAGGUUGAGAGGACGGGAGGGGAGGAGGAACAAAUGAAGCCGGAACAAAUCAUCCGGGUUGGGAUGUGGUGUGUUGAGGCGAUGGAAGUGACGGAAUACCCCAUUACGUGUAUUGACGAGAUGCAACAUGAAAUUGGAAUAGCAUCAGAUUUAUUCAAACAGUAUGGAGCUGUUGAGAAGAUGAUGUUGAUAAUAAAGAACGUGAUGGCGGAGAAGAAAGUUGAUGAAGUGACGUUUGGGAAGUUGUAUGGGCGGUUUGUAGAAGAGAAGAACUGGAGGAAUGUCAUCACCCAAAAGCUGGAGGAGAUGCAGGAGAUUUAUAGCCAACAUUGUGAGAUGAGGAAGGACGAAAUGGUGUGGAAUAAUUUACUUGACCACUUGAGAGAGGCGGUGACGAACUCUGAUGCGGAGAUGGUGGAGACUGUUGUUGACAAAGUGAAUGAAUUUAACGAACGGAAGAACUUGAAAUAUCGCAGCAACUUACAUAAAAACGUGUUGAGUGUGUUUAUCAAAAAAGUUCGUGUGCUGAAGAUGGAGAAAGGUGGGAAGAAGUUUAAGAAACAGAUUGAAGACAUUGAGGAGGUAUUGCAGAAAAUAUGUGGGGACUACGAACGCAAUUUGCUGAAGGAACAGAUUGACAAAUUAGAUGAGAAGAUCAAUGCGAUAUUACAGGAACUGAUAGAAUUGCGAAGUAUGGAAGAGCGCAAUGAGGCGGAUGAUAUUGUGUUAGAGAAGUACUUGAGUAUUGCGAAUAAGAGUAUUGAGACGCCGUCUUUUCAUAUUCUGUGGUUUGAUACGAUUUUUCAGAAGCAGAAAGAGCGCAAGAAAUACAUGGAAGCCGGAGUUGCUGCAGUCCACAUUCUGCAUUACAUCUAUAAAAUACUUGUUGAGCCGAGUGGAGUCCUCUUGAAGGAGAAAUACUUGAAGGAGAUCAAUGAGGAAUGCUUGGUAGACAGCGUCGGGGUGGUCCAGGAGAAGAGUGCGAAUAACAUUACGUAUGACAAAUUUCUGGUAGAGGUGAACAAUGCGAUUGAGAUGUUUGAACGAUCGAAGAGUCUGAGGUUUGCGAUAGCGGUCUGCAACUUCAUCAUCCCGUUCUUGGCGAAUAACCACGAGUUCAAGUUGUUGUCUGAGAAGCACAAGAAGAUCCACGACUUCUAUGUUGAGAUGAGGACGUUGAUUGUGUUUCCGACAUACUUCUAUUAUGUCAAGUUUAUAGGAAGCGCGUUUGACUUUCCGGAGUCGAAGCCGACGACGCCUGCAUUGAUGGAGAGUAAGGGCAAUGAAUUUAACACGAUCAUCAAAGCGGUGGAGAAGGUGGAGACCCGAUAUAAGGGAGAGUACGUUUAUAGGUCCCAACUCAAGCUGGGGGAGUUUGCUGAGUACCUGGUGAAUAUGUAUAAGAAGGUACAAGCGGAGGUAGUGCGUCAGAAUUUGUAUGACAAGAACAUCGAGGACUACAGAACGAAGAAUGCGGUGAUAACUGUGAUUGGUGUGGUUCUUUAUAAUCCGAUGGGGUCUAAAAUGGAAGAAGCGAAGCAGAAGACAUUUGUCAAUGAGAUACCGAUAGUCAAAGGAGAUGAAUUGUCGAAGGACCAAGUCAUCAUCACGACAAAGAGGUCAUUGCCGUCAAUGAUGGAGCGAGAGAGUGUUGUUGAGAUCACGAAUGCGACACUUUCCCCAUUACAAACAGCGUGUGGUGAUAUAGAGAAGCAGAUACAGAUGAUUGAUGCGGAGAUAGAUAAGAUAGAAAACAACGAUAAUGUUGGAGUGAGUAAUAUUCAUAAGUUGUUAAAUGGAGUGUUGUAUGCGAAAGUGAAUGGAGGACUUGAAUUGUUGGUGACGAAAUUUAUGACGGUGGAGAAGAUCAAGGCGUCGAAAGCGAACGAGGUGGAGGAUUUGUACGAGAUUAUGGGAAGAGUCAUGGCGUUAUGCAAAAAGGGGAUUAUGAUUGCGAAGAAUCGAAUGAAGGAAAGCGACUCGUCGAUUCAGAACAUCAUUGAAACGUCAUAUUUGUUGGCAGAAAAAAUGAUGAAGGACGUCGAGGUGUUUUUGAAGGAACAGAAAAUCCUGCCGAGUGAUUGA